AGCUUGACGCAGUAUAAUAAGUGUGGUGUGUCCUAUUCAGUACACGGCAUUCCCGAAAUCCGCCGCUCGUCGUCUACAGCAAACCCAAUCCCUCUAGUCACCAUGGUUCACGAAGUGCAAGAUCUGGAUGAGUUCAAGUCCAUCCUGAAGGAGGCUGGAGACAAGCUGGUGGUGGUGGACUUCACAGCCACAUGGUGCGGACCCUGCAAACAGAUUGGACCAGAAUUUGUAAAACUGUCGGAAAAACCCGAGAACAAGAACGUGGUUUUCCUGAAGGUGGACGUGGAUGACGCUCAGGAUGUGAGUUCACACUGCGACAUUAAAUGCAUGCCCACAUUCCACUUUUACAAGAACGGAGAGAAGGUGGCCGAGUUCUCUGGCGCCAACCUACAACAGCUGAUCGAGAAAGUGGAAACUUUGAGAUCUUAAAUUCCCACCGACCAUCCACACACACUCACACACCCUCGUUGUAUAAACCACAGUCCCGCUGUAACCCUAUGUACAUGCUUGAGAAAUUCCAGUUUAUAUAGAAUCAGGUCUUCAAUCCCCCUGAUGGGAUGUGAUUUAUUCCACUCAUGUUGGUGACAUAGUCUAUCGGUGUCUGUAUCAACUGUCUGAACAACUGGUUGAAAUAUCAUCUUAAAAAAAACCUAAUGACCACUUUUAACUCAGUUUUAUAUGACUAGAUUUUGCUCCCGACAAACUUCCCCUGAACUUUUUCUUUGUAUGUUAUGUUUUCAUCAAGGUGGAUUUAAUAAACGAAGAUGAAUACCAGAAA